ACCAUUUUGCCCCUCCUCCCUCAUAAACAUUUCAUUUGGCAGUAGUUGAAAGAGUGAAAUGUUGUGCGCGGAAGCUACACAAUCUUCCAUGUUGCAAUUAACAUCCUUAUUCUCCUUAUUAAAUUUAAUUUCAAAGUCGUGAGUAUUCAACUUCAUUCUAAUUCAUUUUCCCGGAAAAGUUUCUGUUUGGUUGGCGAGAAAAUUUCAGCUUCAGCUCAAAAACCAAUAAGGGUUUUUGGGGUGAGUGGGUCCAGCUUGAUCGCGACACACUUCAGGGAAUUUAUAAGCACGAGAUCCCGGAAUUCGAUACAGGUAAGGAGUAGGGAUUUCGUGUAUGGGUCCUACUCUGAAGUUCUGUGUGUUGCUGAUUCUUGUUGGAUUAGUAGUGAAUGCCUCUUUCGCAAGAAAUGAUUUUGGACGUUGCGAAAGAGUUGUUAGGAGUUGGGCGUCCUCUUCGCUUGAUAAAGAGAUCAAACAAAAAGAUAAACACACUCUAAGGAAUUUGCUGUUUUUCCUCCAUGUCCCCAGAACAGGAGGGCGCACAUAUUUUCACUGUUUUCUGAAGAAAUUGUAUCCCAGCUAUCUGGAAUGCCCUCGUUCUUAUGAUAGGUUGCGCUUUGAUCCGAGCAAACCAAGAUGUAGGCUGUUAGUUACACAUGAUGACUAUAGCAUGACAUCCAAACUUCCAAGGGAGAGAACUUCUGUGGUUACCAUACUUAGGGAUCCAGUUGACCGUGUCUUUAGUACUUACGAAUUUUCAAUAGAGGUUGCAGCUAGAUUUUUGGUUCAUCCAAACUUGACAUCUGCAACACAGAUGGCUUUACGCCUGCGCUCUAAGACAAAAGGAGUAAGCACUCUGGAUAUAUGGCCAUGGAAGUAUCUGGUUCCAUGGAUGAGGGAAGACCUAUUUGCUAGGAGAGAUGCUAGGUAUAGUAGGGGACUGCAUAUCAUUGAGAGCAGUGAUUCUUAUGACAUGGAAGAUUUUGCUAUGCCAUUACAAGAAUACAUCAAUCAUCCUGUGGCUGGUGAUAUUCUACAUAAUGGAGCCACAUUCCAGCUCGCAGGUUUGACAAACAAUUCUUAUAUAGCAGAAGCACAUGAAGUGCGCCAUUGUGUACAGAAAUACAAGAAUCUUGGUAAAUAUGUGCUACAAGUUGCGAAGAAGAGACUGGAUAAUAUGUUAUACGUUGGUCUUACUGAGGAGCACAGAGAAUCUGCAACCAUGUUUGCAAAUGUGGUUGGUGCUCAGGUGAUAUCACAGCUUAAUGCACCAAACACUAGCCUGGAUAUUGCUGAUAACACAGAACAGAGUUCAUUUUCGGAUUCUGAUCCUGAUAGCAGUGAACAUCAGAACAGCACCUCUGACAGGGUAGCUAGUGAGGUUACUUCAAGUGAAAGUGCAGAAGCAACAGAAUCAAAUAUGACUGUUGGCAAACUCAUGGAUGCUUAUGAAGUCUGUAUUUCUAAUUUACGGAAGACCCAGUCACGCCGACGCAUCUCUUCUUUGAAGAGGAUUUCUCCGGUGAACUUUUCAAAGGAGGCACGUCUCCAGGUUCCUGAAGAUGUUCUACAGGAGAUACGAUUGCUUAAUGACCUUGACUUAGAGCUUUACGAAUAUGCAAGGGCUAUUUUCUAUAAACAACAUAAAACUCCAUUGCUGAUUACUGAGGAGAGAUGGGACAACGUAUCAAGCAGUGCAUAUGGCAGCACCCUUUGGAAGUUCCUUCCGUUAGCAAUUACUUUUGUCUUCUUCCUUUUCUUAUUCCUAAUUGUAAAUGUAAGAAGAAGAACGUCGAAGGUUAAGAAGUGAAAGUAAUUAAAUUAUAAUUUGAUGGAUCACAGGCUAUAAAAGAUUCAAGAGAACGGAUAUAUUAGACAGAAAUCACAUUUAGCCUUGGUUUGAGUGAUCGAUAUUCUCAUCCCCGAUCAUAUAUCUCAAACUGGAUUAUGCUGUAAGUUUUGGCCGUUAAUAUGAAGCUUGUU